AUGACUGCGUCUUAUCGAUGCUAUCGCAAUCACGGCCCCGGGCUUCCAAUUAACGAGGGAUUUCGCGUCGAGACCCUGGCCGCGGACCCGUCGUGCGGUGGUCAAGUGAGCCGACCGCUGACGAUGAAGAAGGACGGGAUCCAGACGCGGAACAGAAAGCUGUCGUCCAAGUCGAAGAAGAAGAAGAACGGGUUCGGCCUGGGCGACGUGAUCAAGCCGCUGGCGUCCGCGGCGGCGUUCUCGGGCUUCGCGGCCGUGUCCGGCGCCGCCGGCGGCAACGCGCUGUCCCAGGGCAACGCAAACAUGUACAGCAUGUACAACAUGUACAACUCCGUAGCCGGGAUGCACCACCCCACGCACGCGCACCCGCACCCGGCCCACCACUCGAGCCAGGUCAUGAACGCCGGCGGCUUCAUGUCCGGUCCGGGCAACCACAUGGCCAUGCCAGGUCACCACCACUCGCACCAGGUCGCCGUUGCUGCAAGCAUGGGAAUGGCAGGCCUGUCCUCCGCGUCCUCGCCGCUGUCCUUUGGCUCCUCGCCUGCUGGCCUCGGUCUCGCCUCCACCAACAACAUGUGGGCCUCCCUCGAGGAGGUAUUUUCUCGAGGCGCGAAUGGAACGACGGCUCGUAACAAGGGAAAUACCAGCGGCUUUAAUUACAUCGUUUCCAUUCAAGCGCCGGACGAACGAUCCUGCUUCGAAAUUAAGGUUUCUCAUUCGGCGAGGUUUAACGAGCUAUUAAUUGCACACGGGGCCGAGCAGCUUGCGGUGAUGAAGAUGAGCAUGAUUGAUGCCGAACCCGGGACGAGGAUCGAUUGCCGACGAUGGGCCCUGGGAGUCUUGUUGAAGCAAACGUCCGAAAACGAGAGUGAAGCCGCGGGUUCGCGAGCUUUUGCGGUGCCCGACUCAGGCACCGAAAAUGCCCGAAUGCUCUAUUUCUCAUUACCCGGGCGCGAAGGAGGCCGGAUCACAGGGCAGAAAACGGCAGACAAGCGAAAUUACACGUUGCGUCAAGUUAUUUGCCCGUCCUCGGGUGCCUGGCCAGCGCAAGGAUGA